GGUCGUAGUCUUCACUCCAGACAAGAGGGGAAAGUGUUUCAGGAGAUGGAGCCCAGCUACAGCACCACUCUUUACUUCGGAAGUUGUACAAGAUGCAGCAAAGCGGUGCACGGUGGUGCGGGCAGAGGCUGCCGGGCGAUGGGAUGUUUAUACCACAACACAUGCUUCACCUGCAGCGUCUGCGAUAAAAAUCUGAGCGGAAAGACGUUUUACAUAUUGUCUGGACUAAUCUACUGUGAGGAAGACUUUUUGUUCUGUGGAGCUCAUCCGUCCCCAGAAGUGUGUGACAUCUGCGGGCAUUUAAUCACAGACUUGGUCCUGCAGGCUCGUGGGAAGCCUUACCACCCGUCCUGCUUUCGCUGUGUCGUCUGCAGACGGAGUCUGGAGGGUCAGCCUUUCGCCGUAGACUCAGACUCCAGGGUUUACUGCGUCAGCGACUUCCACAGGGUCCAGGCCCACCGCUGUGCCGCCUGCAAGAUGCCCAUUCUGCCAACUGAAGGGUCUGCAGAAGCUAUUCGAGUGGUAUCACUGAACAGAAAUUACCAUGUAGAGUGCUACAACGGGGAGGUCAACCUCACUUAAAGACAUAUUAUCACUCUGUAACGUUUUUGCACAUUUUUUUUUAUCUUAAUAAAGUGAUUUAAAAAAUCCUAAAUGCUUUCUCUCUCA